GACAACAACACGGAAACCAAUUCGGUCAAAUUUUCGUGAAAAACUCCGAUAAAAUUCACUCAAAUUAUCCGAAAACACGUCAAAUCGCUAGUUAAAUGUCGCAUUUACCGAUUUUUCCCAGUUGUUUGUACUUUAACGAUGAAUCGCAAGCCAUUACGAGAUAUUAACACGACUGAGAUCGCAUCUCCAUCAAAAAUGUCAACAACAAAUCCAGGUCGCACUCUCUCCCGCCACUAUUCAGCGAAACGGGAGGCUCCCGAGGACAACGAAACCCCAGUCAAACGCCAAAAAACCCGAGAAGAACCCCAAGAAUCCUCAGAUCCGGACAAUGCAUUCAGCCAAAACAUCGCAAAUGUGCUCGGCAAACAUUAUUUCGACGUUGUGGGUCGCUUGCAACUCACUGCACCUCCCGAAUGUGUCGUAAAAUUGGGCAAAUGCACGCAAAAUCACUCGGCAAGUGGCAAAAACAACAAAAAUCCCGCAGAAUUUGACGAAUUUAUGACGCGCGAAAUUGCUGCCUUUGUGACUGACGGAAAAAUUGACGUAUUUUUCGAGCAAUUGUCGAACAUUGUGAUGAAAGGAGAAUUUUUGGGUGAAAGUUUGUUGCAAUUAAUGCUGGAAACGAUGCUCGCGACGAACGAAUCAAAGUUUCAGGAGAACUACAGCGAGGCAAUUCAGGAAACGGGACACGAUAUCUUCAUGCAAACGAUGAAAAAGUUCCCGCCGUGCUGGACUAAAGUCAGAGAUCGAUAUUUUCGUCUCAUGACAGACCCGUUGCAGUUGGAGACUUUUCAAAAUAAACGCGAAUACGAAACGGACAAAGGCUUGUUCAACCUCUUGAUUUUACUUUUGGAACACAAUUUACGGAACGACGACGAAGCAAGUCCCUCGACAUCACGUCAAAACAUCAACGACACCAUGGACAUGAAUUUCGCCGCUUGGGAGGAACACACGAAACAAACUUAUGAUUUCAAGAAAAAUUCCCGCAACGAAAAGAUGGAACGAAUUUUCCGCGUCUUGGGACUUCUCGUCAACCUCAUGGAACGCGAUUUGGCAAUUUGGAUGUUGCGAAAUCCGCGAAAUAUCCAAAAAGGUCUGCAAAGUGAUAAGAAACCCUUGAUAGCUGCGUUGUUGUGGCCAACUGAAGUCUUUUCGUUGAAUUAUGCCGUCAAACGGAUCAUGAAAGUGUUCAUUGAGUGUGUACAUUUGAAUUAUCCCACAGGAGAUUUGGAGGUGUUGAGUCGCCUCAUGAAUUUGAUCGCCACUUGCGUUAAUGUUGCUGAAUUCCGUACAGAUUUCCGUCGAUUUCCGAAUAUCACAGUUGAGUAUCCGAGCAUCAAUAAAAAUACGGAGUUUUUUGCUCGAGAGCUGAAACGACUCAUGGAUGAUUUCCCUCACUUCUCGAUUACUUUAUACGCGAACGUACUAAAGAACUUACGCACUCCUUGCAUCAAAUCCGUUCUUGCUCGUCAAAUCCUCACCCGCAUCAACCCGUGCAAGGACACUCUCAAACCGGGACGUGACACUCCGUUACAUCUCUUGAUGUCCUCCUUGAACCAUCGUGACUGGCGCGAUGCUGAUCCUCGUCCUCCGACAUCACCAACCGAAUCUGACGAGACAUCCUCAAAAUAUCCAACGAUGCCCCCAAAAGCAACUUCCCGCAAAAAGGCUUUUGACAUUUAUCGCGAGGACCUCAUCGCCAUCCAAUUGACCGAAGUUGAGAGUCACAUGAACCUUUAUCGCGUCAAUGAUGUCUACAACACUCUUCGAACGCCACUCGAAUUCAACGACGAUAACAACAACAAUGAACCAGAAACCAAGGAUUUUGCCGAAUUCAACACGAAAAUGUUGAAAAAUUUGUUGCAACACGUCAAAAAGGUGCAAUUUUCCAGUGAGGAGCUUCCCAAAAACGAUCCGCUGGCGAAAGUUUUCAAAAGUAUCAACUUGAGUCAAAAAUUCAUCCUGAAUUAUCGCGAACAAAUCAAACUUUGCUACCAUUUGCAGUGCUUUUUCGACAAAGCAGUUGACAAAUAUCCCGAACUUGCGGACUUUCAAGCGUAUUUCAACGAAAAAUUCACCAAGGAGUGAAAAA